GAGGCAAGCUGGGCAGAGUCAAGCUUUCCAGAGCUCUUCACACACCCGGACACCUUCCCUCCGUGCAUAUACCUACACUCUCGCAAGUCGGAUAUAGACACACGCGCACACACACACACAGGCCGGCGAGGAGGACACAGUACUGGAAAUACCACAAGAUUUUACCAAGAGUGAAGACAGUCAGGGGCGGUCCUUGUAUACCUGAAGGAAGGCUUGCCUGUGUGUGUGUUUGUGUGUCUGAGCGGAGAGUUUGACUGUGUUUGAGUGCUUGAGGGUUGAGUUUGCGUGCGUGUGUGAGUAGAACUAGUUGAAGGAGUCGAAGAUGGGUGAAGAAGAUGGCUCCUGGGUGCUUGACAGCCUCGUUAACUUCCUCAGAGGGCCUGUUUGGAACGUGCCUAUGCUUACCUUCAUCGAGCAUAAGUCACUCAUCUUCGAGGCAGACGGCCAGGACGACGACGCCCACCAUAAGAUCCACGAGGAAUACAAGACCCUGGUUGACUUCAUGCUCGGCUCUUACAUGGAAGAUAUGGGCAUCAACCCGGAGCAGUUCGAGGAAGCCUGCGGGAAGGCGGCCAUCAACACCCCGUUCCACCAGACACUCUUUGAGCAAGUAUGGGCUGCGGACGACUACGAGAUCUUCAAGCGGAUGAUGAUUCAGAAGAACAUUGAGCUGCAGUUGCAAGCGCUGGAGAUCAUGCAGCAGCGCUACGGCAUCAUCCCAGAGUCCUUCAUGCCCUGUGACGACCUGCCACAGGGCGAGCAGGAGGUCCUCGAGCAGGUCAUCAAGAAGUCCCUGGAAGAACACCAAGCGCUCCAGGAAGGAAUGGAUGCAGAGACGAGGGACAUGGAAAGGGCGAUGGCAGAAUCUAAAGAGGAGAAGGAGCGGCUGGAACUGGAGAGGGCGAGAGAGAAGGAGAUGCUGGAAAAGGCUUUGAAGCUUUCUCUUAGCGAUGAACCAGGAGAAGUGACGCCUUCAGAGCCUCUCCCUCCCUUCCAGAGUACCGAAGUCUCGCCAGAGGAGCUGGUGAAACGACAGAACUACCUGAAGGCCCAGCGAGACAAGCUUCUGGCGCUGAAGCAGGAGGAGAGGGAGAAGCAACUGGCAGCCUUCGAGGAGUCCGCUCCACAGAAGAGACCCAAGUCGUCCCGGGCAGCGCGCAAGGUUCUGGAUGGUUCAACAAUCGACCCCCAGACCCUACAGGUGAGGAGGGCUUUAGCUGAGAGACUCAAGGCUGAGGUCAUCGGGGAACAAUAGGCUCGUCAACGGCCACUUGUAAUACUCACCAAAAAUUACGUCCACUACGGGAUCACCAUAGCCCGUACUACUUGGAACUUUUUGUUCCGAGUAGCUGAAUUUUCACCACAACAACAACAACAAUUAUAACAUUUAUAAUACUCACAAAAAACCUUCAAGAAGAAAAUUUCCACAGAAUUUCUGCACAAUUUGAAAAACUAAAAAAAUUUCAAGGAUCUCCAUAAUGUUCUUUAGUCACUUCUGAAGGCUUUACAAAUGCAACUGAAGGCCCCCAUAUAUAUGUAUAUGUAGAGCCCCGAGGUAUAUACUACAUGUAAUCAUCAUCAAUUAUAUAUUCUGUGACCAAACUCUGGCAUCACCGAACCACGAGGGUAAAAUAGAAAUAAAAUUAAUUUUCAUGAUAAACUGUUGUAAAUUGUUAGGUAAUCACUACCAAUAAUUCCUGAAGAUUUUGUUCAUAUUGACUGAGGAAAGUUCUGCAACUAUUGUUUCCGAUAUUCCGUUUCAUAGUACUAGUAUAUAUAUAUAUAUAUAUAUAUAUAUAUA